CCGGCGCAGCGCCGGAGCGGCCGCCCGAAGCGGAGCUGAUGUGGGCGAGGGAGCGGGCGCCGGAGCCGCGGUGUCCGAGGAGCAGCGGGCGGAGGGAGCUCAGUGCACGGGCUCGGAACAAACAGUGAUGGGAAAGAGGGCCGAGCCGAGGAGCCAGGAAGACUGCACCGAACCCCCGCCAUCGCCCGGUCAGAGACCCAACACCUGCUGCUUCUGCUGGUGCUGCUGCUGCAGCUGUUCCUGCCUCUCCGCGCAGAAGGACGAGAGGGAGGAGAUGACGGGGAGGCCCACGGAGGAGACCAGGAUGGAGACCACGGUGGAGACCAUCGAAUCUGCCGAGGAGAGCAGCGGAACCAUGCCUUCGAUGGAAGAGAUCACGUCGUGGACACAGGGCUUUGACAAGGUGAUGGGGACAGAGGCGGGCAGGAACGUCUUCCGACAGUUUCUGCGGACAGAGUACAGCGAGGAGAACAUGCUCUUCUGGCUGGCCUGUGAAGAGUUCAAGAAGGAAAAGAACACAAAGGUGGUUGAAGAACGAGCGAGGACCAUAUACGAAGACUACAUCUCGAUUCUCUCCCCAAAAGAGGUGAGUCUUGACUCCCGGGUGCGAGAGAUCGUCAACAGGAACCUGAUGAAUCCGGGCCCUCUCAUGUUCGAGGAUGCUCAGCUCCAGAUAUACAGCCUCAUGCACAGAGACUCCUUCCCCAGGUUCCUGAACUCGGAUCUGUACAAAUCUCUCGUGCAAAAGCCACAGCCUUCUCCCGACACUACUCCCACCACCGAGAGCUAAUCCCAGGACCCCGAGAGAGCAAGGAAUGGUGGAGCUCAGACACAGGUUUACACUCAAACUCACGUACACCGUCACACACACACAUAAACUAUCUCACACACAGUCACUCACACUGUCACACAAACCAUCUCACACACCGUCACACACACACAUAAACUCUCACACACCGUCACGCGCACACAUACAUCAUCUUACACACCGUCACACACACAUAUACCAUCACACACACCGUCACACACACCAUCACACACACUGUCGCACACACACAUAAACCAUCUCACACACUGCCACACACACAGACACCACUACUCACACCGUCACUCACACUGUCACACACCCCUACACCAUCACACACACCGUCACACAUACCUACACCAUCACACACACACAUACACACUUACACCUACCCAAUCCUGCACAGUUACAAGCAUACUAAUGUGCACAACUAAUCAAAUGCAUGCAUAGAAGUGAGUGUGCACGCACACACACACAAUACAGGAUUAACAGACACAAUGAUGUACAUAAGGAAUUCACCAGUGUAGUCACUUGCUUCCUCCUGGACAUGUGCACUUAAACCCUGAUACACUCCUCUCUCUUUCUCUCACACACAUGCUCUCAAAGUCUUAUAAACACACACACACACUCUUACACACAACCCACAAAUGCAUAAUCUCAUGCACAAUUAAAUGCACAUACAUAGACACACACACACACAGACACACACAUACAGACACACAAUAAUUAAAUAUAGCGAAGCAGUGAAAAGCCCAUUCGCUGGGUUCCUAGAGACCCCCAGUUUAGCUUUACUCAGGGUGUAGUGAUACAUUGAACAUGGAGCUACUUUUAAAAACAAAAUAGAUAUAUAUUUAUUGGUUGUAAUAAAUCUUUUGCUCACUGCCUCAACCAGAAAUACAAAAAAAGUCAAAAAUAUUUGUUUUUUUUAAAAAAACCAAGAUUAUUGUUCCCUGUAGAAACAGAUUAGUGAGUUGGUCACUGCUGGGGUGGGAUCAUUGAUACCACAGUCCACUGCUGGGGGCAACACUUAUCCCAGUGCCCCAGCAGACUGUAAGACCAGUCAAGCUCAUGUCUGCCACCCUUUUCCCUGGGGAGGGCAGAUGUCACACGGUGUGUGUGUUGCCAGUGUGGUUCCCCCUAACAAAGGCCUGGCUUUAUGUUAUCGGGGGUGGAUUUGCUCACUGUAACUUUGCCUCUGCUCCCUCGAGCUCCCAAAAAUGCUUUCUUUGCAGUGAAGCAUCUUGGAAUGUCCUGAGGUCAGGGAAAUGCAGGUUUGUUUCUCUUGUCAGUUGUCUACAGGAUUUAAUGAACUUUUACUAAGCACAAAAAAGAAUUUAAAUGUCGAUUUUUUUUCCCUCAAGGGGGAAACCAAGAUGUUAUUGUCAGUAAGUCAGAGAUAUAGGGCCAAUCUAUCUCUUUAAAGAUAUGUGCAAAAAAUAUAUAUACAUAGUAAGUAAAAGCCUAGAAAUCUCCAUUGCCUUUUUUUUUGGAUGAGCAAAUAUUCCACCUCAUCUUUCAGAAGGGGAGCAGAUAACUCAUUUUGUUUUAAAACAGAGUGAAUAUCGAUGCCAAUGUAUUGGUUGGCAGCAGGUCAGAAUGUGGUAUUGAACUACAGCAGAGUCUCCCGACAACAGCAGGAUUAAUUCUAAAAGCAGUAAAUGAAGGGCAGUGUCAGUAUAUAAAGUGCACAUGAUUAAAUUACUUAACGUGGAGAAAUUCUGGUCAAGAUUGACAAGAGAAUUAUCCAAUCGUCUUUCAUCUCAAAUCUUGACGGGUCACUCAAUGUAACCCUUCGUUUUCAAUGGAUUAACGCAUCCACUUGCAGGUGGUUCAAAGAGUGCACUAAAUCACACCUGUCACCAGCGGAGAUUUCUAGGCUCGAUAUUUUGCUUGUGUGUUGUUUAAAAUAUGUAUGUAAUUUUCACUUUUUUAUUAAAAGCCUAUGAGUAUAUUUAUAUAACUACAUAUGGAUCAACAAAGUGGGCUGUGGGGAACGAGUGGGGAAGGUGGAUGGAUAGGGAGGGGGUCGAGUUUUACAUGAGCAUCAGGGCAGUCUCACAGCAGGAACCGCUCCCUGUUUAGUCUUGUCUUGUGUACACGGACUGGGCAAGUGUGGGGAUGGGAACUGAGACCACCAGUCGGGCUGGUGAAGCCGAGCUCGGCCAGUGCGCCAGUCUCCAAGCUGGUUCCGUUAUCCCCUCACCCCUACCCCCACCCCCGGAAAUCUGCCAGUUUCAGUGAUUCGGAAAAGCCCUGCCAGGUCCGUCCUUUGCCCUCAUCUCUCUGCAUGCUGGUGCAGCAGGCUCUUUGUUCCCCCAGGGAGAUCGAGGGAGGGAAGGUAAACUUUUCCUCCUCGCCCGAGAAAGGUACUUUUCACAAAGAAAGGAGUUCGGCUCUUCAGCGCGCGGGUCUGUUGGUGCAGUGGCGGGGAUUUAAUCAUUCCCCGCAAGUCUGGUCUCAUUGUGGUCACCCCUCCCUACAGAAAGGGUGCUCGCACUCACACUUACCUAAAGGAACCGCAGAAUCUUGCUCCUCACCCAAGGACAGCACUUCAUACGUCCACGGUUCCACAUCGCAGAGAUUGCAGGAGGAACAGGAAGCAAAUUGCAUCCAAGUCCACAGCUAAAUGCAACAAUUCACAAACAAGAGACUUGGGGUGAUCUUUAACUUAAAGCUUUUCCCUUCAGUUAAACAAAUGAGAGGAAGGAAAAAAAGCAAGGCAGAGCUCCCCUUACCCACCACACAACUUUGGCAAGGUUCUUUGUUAAAAGGAUGGCUGGGUUUGGCUGCUAUUAAAGGGGAGGUUAGCUAUGGCUCAUUAUAGGUAAAUUAGAUUGGUAAAUUGGUUUAUUAUUGUCACAUGUACGGAGGUACAGUGAAAAACUUUGUUUUGCAUGCUAUCCACACAGAUCAAUUCAUUACACAGUGCAUCGAGGUAGUACAAGGGAAAACAAUAACAGAAUGCAGAAUAAAGUGUUACAGUCACAGAGAAAGUGCAGUGCAGGCAGACAAUAAGGUGCAAGGGUGAGGUUAGGUGGAAAUUUACUUAAAGGGGAAUUUGUCAGGUGCACUCCUGAUUAUUAAACUAGAACUCUGACACAUCCUUGCAUUGAGAGAACUUUCUGUCUGCCAGUUGUUAACAGACCAGAGUGCGAUUGCUAGAUUCUCUUAACAUUCAGUUUCUUUAGAAAGAAGCAAUGAUGAAGGCAAAUGGUGUGUUGGGCUGUAUUAAAAGAGCAAUUGAAUACAAGGGUAGAAAUGUCUUGUUCCAAUUAUACAGACGCUGGUGAAAUUGACCCUGGAGUGUUAGCCCCAUACCGAAGGAAGGUUGUACUUGCAAUAGGGGAUUGCAGUGAAGGAUGACUCCUGGGCUGAUGGGUUUGUCACGUUGAAAAGAGAUCAGGCAGACGAGGCCUGUGGUAUCUUGUUUAGAAGAAUGAGAGGUGAUUUUAUUCAAAUGUACAAAAUUCUUAUUCGACUUGACAGAGUCAAAGUCAAGUUUAUUGUCAGAUGCACAAGUCCGUGUGUGCACAGGUGCAAUGAAAAACUUACUUGCAGCAGCAUCACAGGCACAUAGCAUCAGAUAUGCAGCAUUUAAAACAUAAAUUAUACACAAUUUUUACAAGAAAGAACACAAUUAAGACAAAAAAAGUCCAUUUUAGUGCAAAGUGAUCAGAGUGGUCAGUGUUCCUGAACUGUAGUCAUUAGGGUUGUGCUGGUUGGUUCGAGAACUGAAUGGUUGAAGGGAAGUAGCUGUUCUGUGUGCAAACUGCACACAGACAGCACUCGAGGUCAGGAUACAACCGGGGUUAGACACGGGAGUGAUAUUUGCUCUGACUGGGGUGUUUAGAACAAGGGACACAGUUUCAAAAGAAAGGGUUGGCCUUUCAAACUGGUAUUACAGAUCAAUUCAUUACACAGUGCACAGAGAGGAAAUUUCUUCAGUCAGAGGGUGGUGAAUCUUUGGAAUUCUCGACCCAAGAGGACUGGAGGCUCGGUCCAUGAGUGUAGUCAGGACAGAUUGGAAUUGGUUUAUUAUUGUCACAUGUACCGAGGUACAGUGAAAAACUUGUCUCACAUAACGUUCAUUUAAAUCAUGUCAUCACAUCAAUACAUUGAGGUGGUACAAGAAAAAACAAGACAGAAUGCAGAAUAAGGUGUUGCAGUUACAGAGAAAGUGCAGUGCAGGCAGACAAUAAGGUGCAAGGCCAUAACGAGGUAGAUUGUGAGGUCAAGAGUCCAUCUUGUUGUACCGGGGAACAUUCAAUAGUCUUAAAACAGCGGGAUAGAGCCUGGUGGUACGUGCUUUCAGGCUUUUCUAUCUUCAGCCUGAUGGGAGGGGGGAGGAGAGAGAAUGCCCGGGGUGGGCGGGGUCUUUGAUUAUGCUGGCUGCUUUACCGAGGCAGUGAGAAGUGUAGACAGAGUCCAUGGAGGGGAGGCUGGUUUCCGUGAUGUGCUGAGCUGUGUCCACAACUCUCUGCAGGCUGACCUCGCAAUCUACCUUGUUGUGCCCUUGCACCUUAUUGUCUGCCUGCACUGCACUUUCUCUGUAACUGU